AUGCGGUUCACGGCGGGGGGCUCGACGACGCGGUCCUGGCAGCCGACGGCGGCGGGGGCGGACACCACGGACCUGCACUUCUGGCUGCAGUGGCGGGUGGCCGUGUGCGGGCUCUGGGUGCUCUGCUGCGUCGUCGCAGCGGCCUACCUCAUCUGGCGCCACGAGGGGCCCGGCUCGCACCGCCGCCCGGGCGGCGCCGUCGACAAGGAGCGGAGGAAUAGGAGGCCCGACGGGCUGCUGUACGACGACGAGGCGUGGCGGCCCUGCCUACGGGACAUCCACCCGGCCUGGCUCCUCGCCUACAGGCUCGUCUCCUUCUUCGUCCUCUUCAGCCUCCUCAUCGUCAUCGUCAUCUCCGAUGGCGGCAGCAUCUUCUACUACUACACGCAGUGGACCUUCAUGCUGGUGACGAUUUACUUCGGGCUUGCCACGGCGCUGUCAAUAUACGGAUGCAGCAAAUUUUCUGACUGGAAUGCCGUUGCGGCGGCGACGGACACCGAGCUGGGGCCCUACGCCGACCACGGAGCUGGCAAUAAACCAACCGCCGAUGAAGAGGAUGACGGCACGAGAGAAAUCGCUGGAUUCUGGGGGUACCUGCUCCAGAUCAUUUACCAGACAAACGCAGGAGCUGUGAUGCUUACAGAUUGUGUGUUUUGGUUCAUCAUUUUCCCAUUCCUUACUGUCAAAGAUUACAGCAUGAAUUUUUUACUGAUAGGAAUGCACUCGGUCAACGCUGUUUUCCUGCUCGGCGAAGCGUCCCUAAAUAGCCUGCGCUUCCCAUGGUUCCGGAUUGCAUAUUUCUUCCUAUGGACUGCACUUUAUGUCGUAUUCCAGUGGAUUGUCCAUGCAUCAACCCCAAUCUGGUGGCCCUACCCAUUUCUCGACCUCUCAGCUAAUCUGGCACCUUUGUGGUACUUUGCGGUAGCAUUCAUGCAAUUACCGUGCUACGUGAUCUUCAGACUGGUGAUGAACCUGAAACACAACCUUCUCUCUAAGCAUUUCUCAGGCAGCACAGUAGUAAGAGACUAGCAUCAUGGGAUGAACAAGCAUAUGGCAUCUUAUUCCUCCGGCCCUCCAUUACAAACAACUUAUACAGAAAGGCAACACGAAUUUGUCAUGGAGAAGCAACCAAAUAAUGGUGGCGAGGAGUAGAGUCCCUUGCGCUUAAUUUCUUACGCUGGUGCAUGCAUCUCCAAAAUGAAAGGAAAACAGAGCAUGCGCGUGCGUUUAUACCGGAAUAAUUUGGUGUAAGUAAAAUGAGGGGGUCAUAGAUUCGUAAGAAGAGUUUUUGCAGUAACUGCAACCGAAAGAAAAAUAUUGGGAUUGUGUACAUACAGCUUGGUUGAUUGGUUG